AUGAGAUACAGCAGCUGGCUGCCACUGGCUCGAUAUGCGGCGCCUAAGGUGGCAGCAAUCCCCCUCAAAUCACGUUCCUCUUUCCCACGCGCCCAUUUUCAAACAACUUUGCAGCGAAAAUACGACACUCCCACUAUCAACAUUGAUCGCAAAAUCGCCGGCGUUGAAAAGGUCUUCGACUACUACUUCAAGAACAAGAUGAUUUGCGCAGAGUCAGUCCAAAUGGCAGCUCCAGAAGUGCUCCUCAGGAUCAAAGGCCGUGAGUACAGUAUUGUCCAUAACCGACGCCUAGAGCUUGUCGGCGACAAGAUCAUGGGUCUUGUCUUAUCACAAAAAUGGUAUCAGGUCCGCAAUCAGAAUGGCCAAACCACUCCAGUAAAAACCUGGAAUGACAUUCACAAAUCUCUCGUUUCGAACGAAGCUCUCGCAGCGCGCGGUUUUAAGCUUGGCCUCGAUGCUUUUGUCGUCCCGGCAUCUGGCGUACAUGUGACGAAAAACAUGAUGGCGGACGCAUUCGAAGCCAUGGUCGGCGCUGUGUCACUUGAUGCGGGAGAGGAUGCUAUUGAGGCUGUUCAUGGUGUCCUUGAGCGUACUGGGUUCUUCAAUCAUCCUAUGCUGGUAAGGUGGAUUGGAGUUUCGAAUUGUGAUAACGAUGAUCCCUUCGCAUCCGUAACCAGUCACUGUGUGGCCAUAGUAGAUGAUAGCCAUGUUACUAAUUAG